CCGUCCAGGCCCCGCCCCGCAGCGCGGCCGGAAGCUCGGGCAGCAGCUCUCGGAGUCCGCUAGCCGGUGCGGGCUGCGUGGUCCGGUGUUGCCAUGGCGGCGGUUGUCGCGGCGACGAGGUGGUGGCGGCUGCUGCUUGUGCUGAGCGCCGCAGGGAUGGGGGCCUCGGGCGCCCCGCAGCCCCCCAACAUCCUGCUCCUGCUCAUGGACGACAUGGGGUGGGGCGACCUCGGGGUAUAUGGAGAGCCCUCCAGAGAGACCCCAAAUUUGGACCGGAUGGCUGCAGAAGGCAUGCUUUUCCCGAACUUCUAUUCUGCCAACCCCCUGUGCUCGCCAUCCAGGGCAGCACUGCUCACAGGACGGCUGCCCAUUCGCAACGGCUUCUACACCACCAACGCCCACGCCAGAAACGCCUACACACCGCAGGAGAUCGUGGGUGGUAUUCCAGACUCAGAGCAGCUCCUGCCGGAGCUUCUGAAGGAGGCCGGCUAUGUCACCAAGAUCGUCGGCAAGUGGCAUCUGGGUCACAGACCCCAGUUCCACCCGCUGAAGCAUGGAUUUGAUGAGUGGUUCGGAUCCCCCAACUGUCACUUUGGACCUUAUGACAACAAGGCCAGGCCCAACAUCCCUGUGUACAGAGACUGGGAGAUGGUCGGCAGAUAUUAUGAAGAAUUUCCUAUUAACCUGAAGACCGGGGAAGCCAACCUUACCCAGAUCUACCUGCAGGAAGCCCUGGACUUCAUUAAGAGACAGGCGCGGCGCCGCCCCUUCUUCCUCUACUGGGCUGUGGACGCCACGCACGCGCCCGUCUACGCCUCCAAACCCUUCCUGGGCACCAGUCGGCGAGGGCGGUACGGAGACGCCGUCCGGGAGAUGGAUGACAGCAUUGGGAAGAUGCUUCAGCUCCUACAGGACCUGCGCGUCGCGGACAGCACCUUCGUCUUCUUCACGUCGGACAAUGGCGCCGCCCUCAUUUCUGCUCCUGAGCAAGGUGGCAGCAACAGCCCCUUUCUGUGUGGGAAGCAGACCACGUUUGAAGGAGGAAUGAGGGAGCCUGCCCUCGCCUGGUGGCCAGGUCACAUCACCCCAGGCCAGGUAAGCCACCAGCUGGGCAGCAUCAUGGACCUCUUCACCACCAGUCUGGCUCUCGCAGGCCUGACACCGCCCAGCGACAGGGCCAUUGACGGCCUCAAUCUCCUCCCCGCCCUCCUGCAGGGCCGGGUAAUGGACAGGCCUGUCUUCUACUACCGUGGUGACACGCUGAUGGCAGCCACCCUCGGGCAGCACAAGGCUCACUUCUGGACCUGGACCAACUCCUGGGAGAACUUCAGGCAGGGCAUGGAUUUCUGCCCUGGGCAGAAUGUUUCGGGGGUCACGACUCAUACCCUGGAAGACCACACGAAGCUGCCCCUGAUCUUCCACCUGGGACGAGACCCCGGGGAGAGGUUCCCCCUCAGCUUUGCCAGCACCGAGUACCAGGAGGCCCUCAGCAGGAUCACCCAGGUCGUCCACCAGCACCAGGAGGCCUUGGUCCCUGGACAGCCCCAGCUCAACGUGUGCAACUGGGCAGUCAUGAACUGGGCACCCCCAGGCUGUGAGAAGUUAGGGAAGUGUCUGACGCCUCCAGAAUCCAUUCCCAAGAAGUGCCUCUGGUCCCACUAGCUUGUGUGGACCCAGGCCAGGCCUGGGAUCUCCGGUUGGGCCUGCACGUGCCUGGAGGGAGGACAGUUCUGGCCUCAGUGCUUCCCCAACCCUGCCCAAGCGAGAUGGAUGGUGCCUGCACAGCUCCACCUGCCCGGGACCUGGCCCUGGGGUGUACUCGGCCGCCUCCUCGCCACAGCCCCUCCAAUCUCAGGACCCUGCCGUCUCAUGCCUCUGUGAACCCCAAAUACCUGAAACGGGUCUCAAGUCAAUUUAGAAAGUUUGUUUUGCCAAGGUUGAGAACAUGUGCCUGUCACACAUCCUCAGGAAGUCCUGACGACAUGUGCCUGAAGGUGGCUGGGGGGUACAGUUUGCCUUUAUACAUUUUAGGAAGACGUAAGAUCAGUAUGUACAAGAUGUCCAUUGGUUCGGUCAGCCUUCCACUGAAUACACAAUGGAGUCUGGCUUAGUGAAUCCGAAUUUUUACAUAAACUAUGGGGUAGGGGAAGGAAUCAGGUAAGCAUUUGUCUCAGGGGAGCCCCCAGAGGGGUGACUUCGAGUUCGUCUGUCCUUUGUCCACAAGGAAUUUCCUUGGGUGCUAAUUGAGGAGGCGUGAAGUUUCUUAUCAUUGUAGCUGUCUUAUUUAGAAAUAAAAUGCAGGCAGGUUUGCCGGACCUAAUUUCCAGCUUGA